AGUUGUUGAAGAACGUGGAAGAUAUACUUUGUAGAGGAAACCCAUGCAGUACUCGCUUCCAGUCUCUCUCUCUCUCUCUCUGUCGCCUUAACCUAACGGACUGUUUCUCUGUCUCUCGGAGCAGACCUCCACACCUGAUAUGGACAACGUUGAGGUGUUUGACUCACCUGGAAAGGGGAGGGGCCUUAGAGCCACUAAGGAGCUGCUUUCCGGAGACGUUCUUUUCUCAGAACCCCCUUUUGCUGCAGUUGUCUUUGACAGUCUUGCAGACAAGAUCUGCCACAGCUGUUUCCGCAGACAGGACAAGCUGCAACGCUGUGGCCAGUGUAAGUUCGCCCAGUACUGUGACAAGACAUGCCAGAGCACCGGCUGGAAGGAACACAAGCUGGAGUGUGGAGCCAUCAAGGCUUUCGGGGCCAUCGGGGACAACUUCGGAAAGGCACCAAAUGAGAACAUCCGUCUGGCCGCCCGCAUCAUGUGGCGCCUCGAUAAAGAGGGCAGUGUCAUGUCGGACAUGCAGAUGACCUCAUUGGACGAUCUGGAGAACCACAUCAGUGACAUGCCUGAGGAUGAUCUAAAGGAGCUGAAGGUGGACAUCCACAACUUCCUGGACUACUGGCCACGCAACAGCAAGCAGCACCGUGUAGACGACAUCUCACACAUCUUUGGAGUGAUCAACUGUAAUGGCUUCACAGUGAGUGACCAGAGAGGUCUAAAUGCCGUGGGAGUUGGUCUGUUCCCUAACCUGUGUCUGGUCAACCAUGACUGCUGGCCCAACUGCACUGUCAUCCUCAACCACGGCAAUCAGUCGGCUGUGAAUACUGUGUAUCACUCUCAGAUGAGGAUUGAGCUGCGUGCCCUGGGUAAGAUCGAGCCAGGUGAGGAGGUGACAGUGUCCUACGUGGACUUCCUGAACGUGACUGAGGACAGACAGAGACAGCUGAAAAUGCAUUACUUCUUUGACUGCACCUGUGAACACUGUAAGGGUCACAUCAAAGAUGACCUCAAGAUGGGAGGCAAGGAGGUGGAUGGGGUCAAGGUACCAGAGGAGCAGGUGAAGGAGGUAACAGAGUACAGUCUGCAGAUGCUACAGAAGAUGGAUAAGGCUCGCAUGGAGGGGAACUACCAUGAGGUUAUUAAGAUAUGCAGGGAAUGUAUGGAGAAACAGGAGCCAGUGUUGGCUGAUACACACAUCUACCAGCUAAGGAUGUGGAGCACAGCCAGCGAGGUGUUAGCCUACCUGCAGUUUAUUGACGAGGCCGCUGACUAUGCACGCAAAAUGGUGGACGGAUACAAUAAGCUAUACCAUCCAUGCAAUGCUCACCUGGGGAUGGCAACCAUGAGGGCAGGAGUGACCCACUGGCAGGCAGGGAAGAUAGAGGUGGGACACGGCAUGAUCUGUAAGGCCUAUGCCAUCCUGCAGAGAACCCACGGACCCACACAUCCCAUCACCAAAGACCUUGAGGCUAUGCGUAUGCAGACAGAGAUGGAGUUGAGGAUGUUUAGAGAGAAUGAGUAUAUUUACAAAAGCAUGCGGGAGGCUGCCCUGAAGAACCAGCCAAUGAGCAUGAUGAACGAACCUAUGGCAGAGGGCGUCAAGAAUCUCUUCCGCCGGCAGAAGAAGUGAUCUCUCACAAACACACACACACACACACGCACACACACACACACACACACACACACACACACACACACACA